AUGGAUCUUCAUGAUGUGUUCUACAAGACCAUCUCACAGGAACUGAUCUACGAGCUUGUGCGUAAUGGAGCAGCACUAACUAAUGCACCGUAUAAUCUCAAAAAUUGGGAAAUGAAUGUUUUCUGGAUAGGCUAUGAAACUGACCAUGAAACGCUACUCGUAGCCAACAGUCAACCCAAACGAGAAAAAAGCCACACCAUCAAAUCGACGGAACUUUCUAGUAAUGCUGUGGAGUCACUGUUUGGUUGA